UCUAUUAUCUAUACCCGCUUAUCCUGAGCAGGGUCGCGGGGGGUGCUGGUGCCUAUCCCAGCGUGCUUUGGGUGGAUACAUAUGCAAAUUGUUCUUGAAAAGAAUACCUAAUCAGGCGAGCCACGGGCAGAGCGAAAUAAGUUCGUCACGUCUUUCCCGCCCCUGUGGAGAAGAGGCAGCGAGAGGAGAAUAAAGUUUAGUCUUCGAGAGGAAUGGAUACAGGGAGUGUGGGGCAGCGCUAAACGCAUCGACUCCAGUUAACUAUCGAAAGCAGCUGCGCAUCUUGCACAUAUUCAUUAGAAACUGCACUGUUAUGGUUAGAUCAACUUCCGAUGGCUAUUCGCUGAAAUAAGACAAAAACGGAACUGAACGAGGAUUUGUGCUGAGCCCAAGACACGCGGAUGUGCAACUUUGGUUCGCGCUGAACGGACUAUGAAACCGUGCAAUCAGAGGUUUUUGCUGCACGCGGAAUGCUUUCAUUCUUGUUGAAGCGUUUGCGCAUUUGUUUCCACGUUAAAAGCGCGUGACUUAAACCUGCCGUUUAAAGGACAGCAUGGAAGCCGUUCGCGUGAGGAUUGCGAUUUCCCUCUGGUGCCAGCUCGCGAUCGCCGGCUCCAGUUUUGAGAUGGGAGCGUACGACGCGGAGCGCCGCGCGCAGGCGCAGUGCGAGCCCAUCGCGAUUCCCAUGUGCCAGGGCAUCGGAUACAACAUGACCAGGAUGCCCAACUUCAUGCGGCACGAGAGCCAGAGCGAGGCGGCGAUCAAGCUGAACGAGUUCGCCCCGCUGGUGGAGUACGGCUGCGACGCGCACCUGCGCUUCUUCCUGUGCUCGCUGUACGCGCCCAUGUGCACCGACCAGGUGUCCACGUCCAUCCCGGCCUGCCGGCCCAUGUGCGAGCAGGCGCGGCUCAGGUGCUCCCCCAUCAUGGAGAAGUUCAGCUUCGGCUGGCCCGACUCGCUCGACUGCGCCCGGCUGCCCACCAAGAACGACCCCCACGCCCUGUGCAUGGAGGCGCCCGAGAACGACACCAAGCCCGAGGCCAAGAAGGGGGAGGGCAUGCUCCCGGUGCCCCCCCGCCCCAGACCCCCCGGCGCCGGGACGGGCCGCUCGCCGGGGACCCCGGGGUCCUGCGAGAACCCGGAGAAGUUCCAGUACGUGGAGAAGAGCCGGUCCUGCGCCCCCCGCUGCUCCCCGGGGGUGGACGUGUUCUGGUCGCGGCAGGACAAGGACUUCGCCUUCGUCUGGAUGACGGUCUGGUCCGCGCUCUGCUUCGCCUCCACCGCCUUCACCGUGCUGACCUUCCUCCUGGACCCCCACCGCUUCCAGUACCCCGAGCGGCCCAUCAUCUUCCUCUCCAUGUGCUACAACGUCUACUCCGUGGCCUUCAUCAUCCGCUCGGUGGCGGGCGCCGAGAACAUCGCCUGCGACCGCGAGAACGGCGAGCUCUUCGUCAUCCAGGAGGGCCUGGAGAGCACGGGCUGCACCAUCGUCUUCCUCAUCCUGUACUACUUCGGCAUGGCCAGCUCCCUGUGGUGGGUGGUGCUCACGCUCACCUGGUUCCUGGCGGCGGGCAGGAAGUGGGGCCACGAGGCCAUCGAGGCGCACAGCAGCUACUUUCACAUGGCGGCCUGGGGCAUCCCCGCCAUGAAGACCAUCGUCAUCCUCACCAUGAGGAAGGUGGCGGGCGACGAGCUGACAGGGCUGUGCUACGUGGGCAGCAUGGACGCGGGCGCGCUGACGGGCUUCGUCCUGGUGCCGCUGUGCUGCUACCUGGCGCUGGGCACCUCCUUCACGCUGACGGGCUUCGCGGCGCUCCUGCACAUCCGCCGGGUGAUGCGGACCGAGGGCGCCGACACGCAGAAGCUGGAGAAGCUGAUGGUGAAGAUCGGCCUGUACGCCGUGCUCUACACCGUGCCCGCCGCCUGCGUCAUCAUCUGCUACUGCUACGAGCGCCUCAACGUGGACCGCUGGAGGUCCCGCGGGCUGCAGGGCAAGUGCGCCCCCUACAGGGGGGGGCGGCGGGGCGACGGCUGCUCCAUGGAGGCCUCGCUCCCCGCCGUGGCCGUCUUCAUGCUGAAGAUCUUCAUGUCGCUGGUGGUGGGCAUCACCAGCGGCGUGUGGGCCUGGAGCCCCAAGACCCUGCAGACGUGGCAGGGCCUGUGCAGCGGGAGGAUGGCGGUAAGGACUACCCGCAAACCCUGCGGCGCCGACGCCUGCGGCAGGACUCAGUGCCACUACAAGACCCCCGCCAUUGUGCUCCACAUGACCAAAACCGACCCCUACCUGGACAGCCCCACACACCUCUGAGAUCACAGCCCUACCUGGACACCUGCACACCCCUACCUGGACACCCCCACGCACCUCUGAGAUCACAUCCCUACCUGGACACGCCUUCCUGGACACCCCCACA